AACGAACAAAAAAGGUAGAGGAAAAUCACAUACAUUUUGCAAUAAAACGUGAGUUAUUUGGAGAAAUAAUUUACCUACUCUUCAAAGAGCGGUUAGAUCCUUAAACGACACCUAAACCAUCAAUGGAGGAGUAUGCUCGUGAACCGUGUCCGUAUCGUAUCGUGGAUGAUUGCGGUGGAGCAUUUGCUAUGGGUUGCAUCGGCGGUGGUGUAUUUCAAGCAAUAAAAGGAUUCCGUAAUGCUCCAUCAGGAUUCAAUCGACGUUUGCUGGGAAGCUUAACAGCGAUUAAAAGCCGGUCGCCUAUUAUUGCUGGAAAUUUUGCCGUAUGGGGUGGAAUGUUUAGCACGAUUGAUUGCACAUUGGUGCAUUUUCGGAAGAAAGAAGACCCUUGGAACUCUAUAAUCAGCGGUGCGGCCACGGGUGGCAUUUUGGCAGCUCGGAACGGUGUACCUGCCAUGAUCGGCAGUGCGGUAAUAGGUGGCGUGCUGCUAGCUUUGAUUGAAGGUGUGGGCAUCAUGUUUACGCGUAUAUCUGCUGAACAGUUCCGUAACCCCACUCCACCGAGCGAUGAUCCUUCGGUGCUUGGUGAUCCAAAUCAACAGCAAAUGUCUGCAAGUCCUCCGUCAUCAUUUGCGUUUGGCCAGUCUGGACAGAAUUAUCAAUAAUGAAUGUGCUUAGAAGUGUUACGGAUAUCGAAUGACGUAUGCUGCCCAUUCACUUGAGCAGGAUAAAAGCUAUUCGUCAAGCUGACGUGUUUUAAUUUGGGUCUUCUGGCUAAGUGUAUAUUUAAAAACAUUAAUGUAUAUUUUUGAGUGAAAGUGUGAGUGAGAUUCCAGAUGUUUGUCGAUCAGAUUGCCACGUUUGAUAUUAAGUUGUUGGUUGGAUCGAUUGAUACUUUUGAGGGGUAUGAAAGAUGUAUGAAAGGGUAGUGCUUGUGAUAAAAUCCAAAUUGGAUCUGUAUGAAUGUGUAAUGCGCCAUAGAUCUGGUAGUAAUUCUUGCUCGUUGCAUGAUUUGCUUUCUGGUGAUUGAUUAUUGUGAAAGUACGAAACGACAUGAAAUAUUACUCGAACUCCAUAGAUAACACGUCGGCACCGAAUUUGUUAUGGAUAGGACUUGUGCCAGCACAAGACGCAUGUGGUAACAACAAAAAUUGCUACCGCAAACAAUAAUAGACAAGUUGUAACAGAAAUGAAGUGAUUAAUUGAUGUAAAUAGAAGCGAUCAAGUGAGUUUAACACUCAACAAACCAAUCUUAAUGGAUUAUUGAGUUACAAUAAGGAAUCUUUUUUUUUGUAUGACAACAGAACAAAAAUAUUAUGGUAUAACUUGCUACACCAAAGUAAUGUCCCUGCCGACAGAAAAAAUAGCAUCGAAAUAAAAAUGCCUC